ACUGGGGGAAAGUAUUGUCAUGGAUGGAGUCAUGAUUCACCAACAGGAAGCACACAGUGUGCAUAAAUGGGGUUAAAUCCGAGUGGGGAUCUGUAACAAGUGGUGUUCCGCAGGGAUCAGUCUUGGGCCCGUUGUUGUUUAUAAUAUAUAUCAAUGACCUUGAUGAGGGAAUAACAGGAGAUAUGAGCAAAUUUGCUGACGAUACAAAAAUAGGCAGGAUAAUUGAUUCAGAGGAAGAUGCCACUGAACUUCAGGAGAAUUUAGACAAGCUUAUGUCAUGGUCUGAAAAGUGACAAAUAUAAACUCAGUGUAGACAAAUGUAAAGUUCAGAAGCUCCGGAUUCUAAGUAACCCUAGUACUUAUAAAUUAAAUAAUACAGAACUUGGACAAACAGAAUGCGAACAGGACUUAGGGGUUAUACUAAGCAGGAACCUGAAACCAUGACAGCAGUGCCUAAGUGUACGUAAUAAGGUAAACAGAGUACUGGGAUUUGUAUCAGGAAGUGUAAGCAACAGAAGUCCAGCGGUUAUAUUACAACUUUAUACAUCAUUAGUAAGGCCUCAGAUUAUGUAGCUCAGUUCUGGUCUCCAUAUUAAACAAUGGAUAUAAAUUGGUUAGAAAACAUUCAGAUAAGAAUAACAGAGUGGAAGGUGAGUAUAGAGGACUGAGGUCUUGUGAGUAACCCUCUUAUAAAGAACCCGAUAUAACGGUUUCAAAUUGGUUAAGUUUAUGAUACAGGAAAGUAUUGGUUUGGAAAUAGAGAAGUUGAAAAGUGGAAGAGUCUACCUAGUAGGGUUAUUGAAGCUAAAACCUUGGGUAACUUCAAAUUUAGGUUGGAUUAAAGUGGAACUUGAGCAUUAGCUAAUAAGCAUAUGUAAGCUUAUUCCUUGAGUAAAUAUUUUUGUUAAAGGGCUUGAGUAAGACGUGCCUAGUAUGGGCCAGUAGGCCUGCUGCCGUGUUCCUCCUUUCUUAUGUAGGUAGAAAGGUAGGUAGGUGGGAGAGACAGAGGUUUAGGUUCCUCUUUUCUCCCCUAAGUUACGUGGUAAUCCCGGGGAAGAAAGAGACGUCAGGUGAGUCAUCAGUUCCCCUGGUACCUAGUGUCGUCUCGGGUGCUUUCUUAGGAAAGACCACAGUAAGUAGUUCCCCGUAGCUAGAUGAAGUAGGUGAUAAGUAGGUGCCUGGGCGCUAAUAUUCUGAUUUCUGCUGCUGCUUUUCACCUAACAGUAAGUAGGCACCUGGGUGUUAGUUAUCCAGUCUCCCGCUGCUGCUGUUCACCUAACACCAUGUAGGUACCUGGGUAUGUAUCUCUACUUUCACUGAGGUGUAUAUCUCAGAGUAUAUAUACACUGAGAGAUGUAUAUCUCGGAGCAUAUAUACACUGAGAGGUGUAGUAUAUCUCAGAGCAAGAGGGUAUAGUUGUAUCUCCUCCCAUAACCCCUAGAGUACACCAGUAUACAUAUAUACUAAGCAAAAACCUCGUUAAUAACCCUUUUGAGACCUACUCCCUCGUCACCUAAUGACCCACCUAUCCACCACCUAUCCAAACUCAUACAAAUCGUAAUUAGGUUACGAGAUUUAGGUAACGAGGUCCUGAAAGGCGAGUAUAUAGAGAGCAGGAAGCUGUGGCAAGGCCAGCAGACUUAGCUCAGCAGUGAAGCAGAUAAGUGCUGCCAGCAGUCUUACCUCAGCAGUGAAGCAGACAAGUGCUGCCAGCAGAGCUUCACUUGAGUAGUGUAGCAAGUGUUACACCAGGAUCAUCUAUAUAGUGCCCAGGAUCAUCUAUAUAGUGCCCAGGAUCAUCUGUAUAGUGCCCAGGAUCAUCUGUACAGUGCCCAGGAUAAUCUAUAUAGUGCCCAGGAUCAUCUGUAUAGUGCCCAGGAUCAUCUAUGUAGUGCCCAGGAUCAUCUGUACAGUGCCCAGGAUAAUCUAUAUAGUGCCCAGUAUCAUCUAUAUAGUGCCCAGGAUUUACAUAGCUAGAAGAACAAGCGGGAGAACGAUUUAAAAUGUUCUACCCAGUGCAGAUGGAAGAUCAAGCAACUCACAUCACCAAACUGAUGGAGGAAAACCGCAGAUAUAUCCGGGAAAAUGGGAAAAUGAAGAAAAACUGGACGUCAGAGAGACGCAGCUUCAAGGAGAGGUACGACACGGGGCUUUACGACUCCCAGGAGGACACAGCAGAGCUGGUGGAUAGAGUUUUAGCUCUACAACUGCAGAACACAGAGCUAAAUGUGUGUUUAGAGAAGGAGAAGAUAAGAAGAAGACAUGCUGAAGCCAGACUAGAGAGAGAUGAAUCUUAUAUUAAGAGACUCGAAGAUAGUGUACAAAGUCUACGAGGUACCAGAGUAGUGAUGGACCCGGGUACCUACCGUCAGGUAGCUGAGGCUUACAUAGCAGCCAGGAGGACACCUGCUAGACGACCACACACCCAUCAAGGUUUACCGCACUCUGACCUGGUCUGUGAUUCAUCCCAGGACGACUUAAUAAGCGGCCAGAGUGAGUUACAUCGUGGUACAAUCCUACACAGUUCCAGCUGGCCAUCCUCACCUCGCUCUGGCUCUUCUCCGUGCCCAUCACCCACGCUCUACCCAUCGCAGGAUGCCCAUGAGUACCCAUUAGAUCUACCUAUCCCGCGAAACCUCAGCGACAAGAAAGAUCGCGGCCUCAACUCACGCGAUGUUGCUCCAGGAGUUGGUGUGCCAGCAGGCGCCGCCAUGACGGCCUGGGACUAUGAACAACUACUGAGCAGUCUUUCUGAACUAGAUGGGACAAGCAGAGGUGCCCUGUCCUGAA